UCACUUCAAGUUUGCGCCCCUUCAUAUCAAACCCUCUAACUGACAAGCUGCCAUUCAUCUACCCAUCACUCUUCUUUUUUAUCUAAAAGUCUCUUCUGCCGACCAUCUCGAUUUCUCAUCGAAGUAGUCACUUCUGCCAAUCCCGACCUUGGCUUCACCAUGUCUCUCUGCCUCAAUCGCCUCCAGGAGGAGAGGAAACAAUGGCGUCGCGAUCAUCCGUUCGGCUUUUUCGCAAGACCCGUCCGAGGCGCCAACGGCGUCCUUGACCUCAAGAAUUGGGAAGUGGGCAUACCAGGGAAGGAAAAGACCAUUUGGGAGGGUGGCCUGUUCAAGCUCACACUCUCGUUUCCGGAUGAAUACCCUACGAAGCCACCAAAAUGCAAAUUCUCUCCCCCUCUUUUCCAUCCAAAUGUCUACCCUUCUGGCACAGUCUGUCUCUCGAUCCUGAACGAAGAAGAAGGUUGGAAGCCAGCAAUCACCAUCAGGCAAAUCCUCAUCGGCAUUCAAGACCUGCUCAAUGAUCCCAAUCCCGAAUCGCCAGCCCAAGCGGAUGCAUACAACCUGUUCAAGAAGGAUCGGGCAGCAUACGAACGAAAGAUCAAAAGCGUAGUCAAAGAAAAUCCCGCACCGUAAGAACAACGGACAUCUAGCAUUUGGGGAGUGGAUGUUAUUGGCAAUGAUACCGACGGGCAUGAAUUCAUGAUCAACAUGUGCAUUAGUUACGAGCGCGGCGUUGGACUGGCUUUCAGGACAGGACCUUUUAGAAGAUUUGGGCAAGGAGGACUCUCUACCUGCAGAAUGCGCAUGAGAUUGAACCUGAUGCACUCCACGUGUUGGUGAUCCAGAGGAACAACGUUUGCAAGGAUUGGUGCCUCACUGGCUCAGUAAGGGCGUUCGAUUAUUUGCCUGAGGCUCGCGACGGCGGCGACAACGCCCAAAGAGUGAAAGCGUGGGGGGCUUGGAUCAGACCCUCUGCAUAAGGACGAGUGCGGGGAUUCGGAUAUCUGCAGCAAAGGCGAGCGAUAUUGGGUAAGCUUGCAGUGGCUUGCCCAAAAGCUGCCCAAGAGCUUACAGGGGGAAUAUCAUCCGCCAUUCAGCUUGGACGUCUGUGUAAAGCCAUCACAAGAGUCGCGUGCCGAAUUCGCAUCGGUGGAAUCCCAGGUAUCGGCCAGACACAAAAACGUCAGUUCUUCAUCGAAGGCGAAAAGCCGUGCAAAAAUUCAAUUUGCUAGUCGUAAUAAUGUGAGGCGAACGAGGGGCGGCAUCGGCCACUGAUGCUCCACUGACAGUCACCCGAUUUUCCUUAUCUUUUGCUUCCAGACAGUGAGGGAAUCGUGGUGAGGUGGGUUUGAAAGGGCUGAAGAAUACAGCGUACCGGCGGG